UUCAGUACAAAUUCCAAUUUCCCUCUGCAAAACCUAACCCUAUCUUCAAAAGUUCUCUCUCCAUCUACACAAGAUUCUUCUUCAACCUCAAAUCCUCUGUUCUUCUCUCACGUCGCCACAUUCUCUUUGCUCGAAUUCAUUUGCUCUGCAAAAUCGGUGAUAGAAUCUCAAAGGUGAAUUUAGUCUCUGAUUCUUCGUUUCGAUUUCAGUGCCGCCUCUUCCCCAAAUGAGCCGACAGCAACUGUAUAGGGACUCGGACGUUACGGAGAUGUCUUCCAACAGCUUGUGGGUAGGCAACUUGUCCAUGGAUGUCACGGAUACGGAUCUCAUGAAUAUGUUUGCGCAGUUUGGGGCGAUUGAUAGUGUUUCUUCCUAUCCUUCCAGGAGUUACGCUUUCAUCUUCUUCAAGCACAUGGAGGAUGCUCAAGCGGCUAAGGAGGCUCUUCAAGGGGUUUUUCUGCGUGGGAGUUCAAUCAAAAUCGAGUUUGCGAGACCGGCCAAACCUUGUAGGAAUUUAUGGGUCGGCGGUAUUAGUCCAGCUGUUUCAAGGGAACAACUUGAAGAAGAAUUUUCCAAAUUUGGUAAAAUUGAUGAAUUUAAGUUUUUGCGAGAUCGGAAUACUGCAUUUAUUGAGUAUGUUCGGUUAGAAGAUGCAUCACAAGCUUUGAGAAUCAUGAACGGGAAACGCAUUGGUGGAGACCAGAUUCGAGUUGAUUUUCUUCGAUCACAGCCGAUGAGAAGAGACCAGUGGCCCGACUCCCGAGAUGGGCAUGGGCAGCUUCAGGGUAGAAAUGUGGGGAUGGCUGAUUUCCAAUCUGGUUAUAAAAGACCUCUGCAUACUCAAUCUUCAGAACUACGUAGAGAUGGACCUCCCAGCAAGGUUUUGUGGAUUGGUUACCCUCCAUCUGUUCAAAUUGAUGAACAAAUGCUCCACAAUGCGAUGAUUUUAUUUGGUGAAAUAGAGAGAAUUACGAGUUUCCAUUCUAGGCAUUUUGCAUUUGUAGAAUUUAGAAGUGUUGAUGAAGCGCGGCGUGCUAAGGAGGGUCUACAAGGACGGCUUUUUAAUGAUCCUCGGAUUACUAUUAUGUUUUCAAACAGUGAUCCGGCACCUGUAAAAGAGCACCCUGGCUUUUAUCCUGGUGGUAAAGAGACUAGGCCUGAAAUGUUCUUCAAUGAGCAUCAAAUCCGUCCUCCACAAAUGGACAUGUUAGGACAUCCUCACCCAAUGGUGCAAAAUAAGUUCCCUGGUCCAUUGCCAGCUAAUGGCAUUCUUGGACCAAAUACAGCAGUAAGACCACCACCCUUUGGUCCUCCACAGGGUAUCUCAGGCCCUCCUGAGUUUAAUGACUUCACGACAUCGCAUGGUUUCCAUGAUGCAAAUUCAAAAAAUGUGUUGGGUCCAAAUUGGAGAAGGCCAUCUCCUCCUGCACCUGGGAUACUUUCUUCUCCAGCUACUGGUAUUCGUCCACCUCCACCUGUGAGGUCCACUCCAAAUUCGUGGGAUGUUUUGGAUGUAAACCAAUUCCAAAGGGAUUCUAAACGAUCAAGGAUAGAUGGUCCAUCAUCCUUAGACGAUGCUUCUUUUCCUCCAAGAAAAAUGGAUAACCGGGGCAUGGGUUUUGAUCAGCAAUAUGGGGUUGGUCCAUUAAGUGAUGGAGGAUCUUCUGUUUCAUAUACCAAUGCUCCUGUGAAGACUCAUGCUAUCCCUAUAGGUGCAAGGGCACCAGUUAGUGGCCAGAGCCAUGGUGACAAUGAUUUUAUAUGGCGUGGAAUAAUUGCCAAGGGUGGAACGCCUGUUUGUCAUGCUCGUUGUGUCCCCAUAGGCGAAGGAAUAGGAAGUGAUCUUCCUGAAGCAGUCAAUUGUUCAGCAAGAACUGGGCUGGAUCAGCUUGCUAAACAUUAUGCUGAAGCCACUGGAUUUGACAUUGUCUUUUUCUUGCCAGACAGCGAGGAUGACUUUGCAUCCUAUACAGAAUUCCUGCGUUACCUUGGUGCAAAAAACCGUGCAGGUGUUGCUAAGUUUGAUGAUGGAACUACAAUGUUUUUGGUUCCUCCUUCAGAGUUUUUGAGAAAAGUCUUGAAAGUUGCGGGCCCAGAACGGCUUUAUGGUCUCAUUCUCAAAUUUCCCCAGGUUCCUCUUAGUGAAUCGACUCACCAGCAGUCCUAUCUACCCAUUCCUACAUCUGACUAUGGUGAGAGACAGCAAGUCUUGUCUUCACGAGCUGAAUACGGGUCAGUGCCUUCAAAGCAGGAGCAACUUCUUCCAAUGGAUUAUAAUAGGGUUCUGCAUGAGGAAACCAAGGAACCCCCGAAACCCCUUCUACCUGCAAGUGAGCCACCAUCUGUUCAGUCCUUGCCUCACGAGUAUGUUACUAACAAUAAUACGGCUGCAGUCUCACAAGCUGGGUUAUCAUUAACACCAGAGCUUAUUGCCACCUUAGUUUCUUUACUGCCUGGCAAGACACAGUCGUCCAGUUUAGAAAGUGCCAAGCAACCAGCCAUCUCACCACAGCCUCCAAUGCCUACUGUUGAUUCUAAUAAAGGGACUACAUCUGAGGGAUGGAUUGGUCAUCAAUCUUCUGAGCUAACCGGUCAGCCAUUUCAGCAAAUGGAAAAUCAUUUUAAUUCUCAGGGACAAAGUCUUUCUCAAUUUCAGCCUUAUCCACCUCUCCCGCAAACACCAAACCAGCAUGCACCACAGAUCAUGGGAGCAACCCAAAUUCAAGAUGCUGCUGUCGGUCUGCCACAGCAGCAGCAUGUACCUAUUCCUUACAGGCCUUUGUCUACUUAUUCUGCCCCUCCUGAGAAUGCACAAGCUUCUGGUUUGCCCUUUGUCAAUCCUCAGUAUCAGCACGAUGUUUCUCAAAUUAACCAGAGAGGUUAUGGGUCAGUCAAUGAAGUUGAUACUUCUGGGUAUGGUGCACCAGUUGUGCAGCAAUCAACGAACACUGCGACCUUAUCUAAUCAAGGUCAGGGUUCUACAUCACAGCCACAACCUGUUACCCAUUUAGCAUCUGAUAGGGGGAACCCUGAGCUUCCUUAUCAGAUGGAGCAUCUCCAAUCUGCAAACCUUGGCGCUGGCAAUGGGACCAGUGAUGUUGAGGCUGGUAAGGACCAGAGAUAUCGAUCUACGCUUCAAUUUGCCGCAAAUUUACUCCUUCAGAUCCAGCAGCAGCAGCAGCAGCCACAGCAAGCAGGCUGGGGUUCAGGAAAUCAAUAAUGAGCAGCUCUUCAUCUAGGUAAAGAAAGGUGAAAGGAAAGGAAAGGAAAGGAAGAUAUGCGUUAAAUUAUGGGUUUUGUUUGAGCAGAAGAAGCAGGUGGUGGAUGGGGACCCUUCGUUUUCUCCCUUCAAGCGAAUUUGAGUUUUGUGCAAUCCUUUGUACCAUAGCUUCAACCCCCAACAUUUCAACCCCUCUUUUAACGCUGCUUUGUUCUAUCACUUUAUUUCAUAUUGAAGCUCAUCAAUGAGAUUACCAUUUUGAUCACUGAAAAACAGAAAUAUAUCGGUAGCGUUCGUUUGUUCGUUCAGGUUAUCCCCUUUUUGUAUCUCUAUGAAAUACGAGCUCGUUCGAAACUUGCAAACGAUUGUCUUUGCUUUCUCUAUUCAUUUGUACGUUUGAGUAUACAUUUUGUAUAUGAAUCCUUUUAGAAUGUAUGAGUU